AUGUCCUUUGAAUUCAACACUAAAGCUCAUACCCUGGAAUCACUUCCCAAAGAUACUGAUCAAUUCGUUAAACAAGCUGAUGAAUUGGUUGAAUCAAUCACGUCAAAAUGGUCAAAGAAUAAAGAAUAUUAUUAUACUUUGAAAGAUGGUUCAAAAGAAUCUGUAAGAACUUAUCAUACCAAAAUAGCUAAAGAACAAUGGGUCAGUAGAGUUAGUACUCAUGACAAUACAAAAUAUCCAUUUGAUAAAGUUAUAGGGUACCUUUUAGGUUGUGAACAUCAUGGGAACGGAUAUGUGAUUAAUGAUUUAUACAAGCAUACAGAAUAUGAAAUGGAAUAUAUUGAAGUUUUAAAUAAAUGGAAAAAAGUCCCACUUGAGAACUACCCAGAAUAUUCUAACCAGGAUCAUUUGAAGAAUUGGUAUUCAGUAAUAACUGAAUAUGAAUUGGGUGCACCAUUGAAGACAAGACAAUUUAAUGAAUUUAUCUUGAUAGUCCCACCUAGUGAAACUUAUCCAACAAAAGCAUUUGUUAUUAGUGUUGUUGCUGAUAACUCUGGUGAAGUUCAUGAAAACGUUCAGGGUGUUUAUUCAAGUAUUGAAAGAAUCGAAUUAGAUGAAACUAAAGGGACAUGGAACUGGAGAAUGUGUACAUGCAGUGAUGCUGGUGGUAAUGUUCCUAAAUGGGUUCAAAAUGCAAUGAUUAGUAAAAACGUGGCUAUGGAUGUACCAAACUAUUUGAAUUGGAUUUCUGAAAAGUGA